AUGCCAUCCGACAUACGCACCGAGGAGGUAUUCCGCUUCUUCCCAGGAGAACAGGAAGGCUUGCCCCUCAGCGCAUUUGCCCGCAUCAACAUCAAACGCUAUUCACGAGAAGGGGCCAUCUUCCACGAGUGGCUCCGCGUCUUUCUUGCCCCGAUCUUGGCCCAGCUCGACCAGCCCGUCGAGGAUCUCGUAGCCGAUUUCGAGCACACGCGCGCCGUCCUCCGCUUCUCGCAAGAGUUCCUCAGCUUCCGCAGGGUGGUCCUGACCCAGUUCCGCCUCCCGAAGAGUCUCGUCGAUAACUUUGACGAGCACGAGGGCUUGACCGUCGAGGGUGUGGGGCGCUUCUAUCUGGCGUACUACCGGGCGCACGAGGCGCGCAAGUCGCCGGCGGAAGAGGACUCGCACCAUGGCGCUGCCGGUCCGUCGCCCGCCUUCCAACGUCUCAUCGAGAACUGGUUUGUCUCAUCAGGCCUGAGCAUGGCCACUGUGCGUGAGCAAUUCGUCGGCGAGGCCUUCGCGGGUAUGCUGCGCGCGCUCGCGCCCCGUCAUGUGAUAGAACAAGCCGAAGGCGAGCGCUACUGGGGGCUUUUCAAGAGGGGGCUGGCGAGAUAUCUUCAGGUGGAUGAUCAGGACUGGGCAAACUUCCGUGAAUUCGGGGAGUGGCAUUUCCGCUUCCUCUUCGUCCACAACCUCCUCGACCGCAAGUCUCCUCGGGCGACGCUCGAGUCGCUUCGCCCAAUCCGCGAUCCCGUCACGUUGGGUGGAGCUUUGGCAGUCGGCCCGCCGCAUACUCAGAAUACCUUGUCACGCAAGAGGCGCGCGGUAUUGCUGGCGGAGACGGUGAUCACGCUACUAUACCACGUCCUCCACGUAUCGGACGAUCGCUCGGAUGCCGCCGCCGAGCUGGCGAUAUGCGUCUUUGCGGGGAUGCGUCAUUUCAUAUGA